AUGUCAACAAUUGAUCCGAAAGUUGAAACUGGGAAAUUCUUAACGAAAGAAGGUGCAAGUCCUUCGAAGAAGUCUAGGACUUCAAAGAAGACUGAGUUCAUCAUUCCUGAAGAAAUUGUUAAAGAAACAAAGACAUCAAAGUCUCCAAAGUCAAAGGCUGAUGAGGAACCAGGUGCUACACGUAUUGUUACAGAGCCAACUUCAGUUACCAUUCCUUCGAAGGCUAGAGUUUUUUGCAAAUUAAAGCUGAAGUAUGGUGGUUCUCCUACUUCGAAUGUGAUUCACAAGCCUCAUCAUACUCAUCAAGGAGUACUUAUGCAUGAAGUCCUAGCUCCAGUUUCUCCUCACUCAAAGAAACGAAGGGCUGAGGAUAUGGCUAAUAAGAUUUCGAAGAAGAAAAAGAAGACAAAGAUGAGGAAGUUAGUUAUUCCCAUGGAAUCAUCCGAAGUAGAACAAGUGCCUAAAACACCCGAACAUGAUCCUCUUAUCCAACCUACAUCUCCUGAGAAGACUGUUUUCAUACCACCCGAAGUUUUGUCUACCAAAUUAUCUCAUGAGGAGGUACGAACUUCAUACAUCACUGCAAACGUAUCUCAUACGGGUGCAAAUGUCAACAUGGGUAAAGGAGAUCUAACAAAGGAAACUACUCACCUCCACAAGGUACUUCAGUUAUUGUUUCAACCUACAAAUCCACCAAAACCAAAUGAUGAAUCAGAAAAUGAAGGAGGCUUUGGUAGUACUUUUGAAGAUUUGGCUUUUGAUGAAGACGAGGGGGAUUUUCCUGAUCAUAUGCUGAUGUCCAUGAAACAAUUCAAAAUUGUGAAUAAGAAGCUCAAUUCUAUUAUUCAGUCUCAAGCAGACACAGGAGGAUGA